GGCGCGGUGGGCUGCGGAAGUAGGAAGUAGGGAAGGCAGCGUGCAAGAGGCUUGGGUUUGCUGCGCCGCGGGCGCUGCGCUCCUCCUCCUGCCCCAGCUCGAGCCUCCGACGCUGCACGUGCAGAGCGCAGGCCCCUCCCCUUCCCGCCUUCUGCCCCUGAGCUGUCACCCCGCUGCGUCCUUCUCCGCCCCCCCGAGAUGGCGUUGGACCCCGCAGAGCAGCAUCUCAGACAUGUUGAAAAAGAUGUUUUGAUCCCUAAAAUAAUGAGAGAAAAGGCCAGAGAGAGGUGUUCUGAACAAGUUCAAGAUUCCAAUUCUCCAGCGCAUGUGUUCAAGUCGCAGCAACUGCACCAUUUCAAUAUAAUGAAAACUAUCACGCAAUCCAAGGACAUCUCUGCUCUUGGGUACAGAUUUUACCAAAUGUUGCAAGGACUCUGGAAUCCUGAUGGUAGUAAAAUGCCGGAAAGAAAAUUCUGCGUUGAAGGAAUGUCUCACUGCUUACUAUAAUGAUCCAGCCUUUUAUGAAGAAUGCAAAAGGGAAUAUCUGAAGGAAAGGGAAGAAUUCAGAAAAAGCGGAAUUCCUACCAAGAAAAGGCUACAGAAGCUUCCCACAAGCAUGUAGGCAACAACUCCAGUGACACUCAGGAACUCUGAACAUUCAUGGGCUUCAUCUAUAACAUAAAUCACCUGCAGUAAUGGACUCAGAUUAUAAUGUGUUCGCUUUAUCCUAAUUAUGGAAAUAUUCAUUUUAUCUGAAAUAAAGAUUGUUUUUAUUUCAAA